GAGCCGGAACCGCUUACCCUGAUCGGCGCCGCCAUGCACCGCCCGGGACUGGCCUGCUGCAUAGUGCUGUUGGUCCUGGGACCCUGCGGCGCGCACUCGCGCAACGUGCUGCUGAUAGUUGGGAGGCCUUCCUGGACUGUUGAUGGCACCUGUCUCGUCUCCAAAUGUGACAGGGAAAUUCCCUGUCGGAUUGGACCACACCCUCACUUAACCGUUGAAGACUGUGGAUUCAGAGUCUGGAGAGCCCGGGGAAGCCCAGCAGCCUGCAGGGAUUACAUCCAGCCACCUUCUACUGACUCACCUGCAUGGACACCAGCUGAUGACGGAGGCUUUGAGAGUGGUGUAUACAACAACACCGCCAUCGACACCCCUCACCUGGAUGCCCUGGCCCGCCACAGUCUUAUCUUCCGUAAUGCCUUCACGUCUGUCAGCAGCUGUUCCCCGAGCCGUGCCAGCCUCCUCACCGGCCUGCCCCAGCAUCAAAAUGGCAUGUAUGGACUGCACCAGGAUGUACAUCACUUCAACUCUUUCGACAAGGUACAGAGCCUACCGCUGCUGCUCAGCCAGGCCAGCGUGCGCACAGGCAUCAUUGGGAAGAAGCACGUGGGUCCGGAGACGGUGUAUCCCUUCGACUUUGCGUUCACAGAGGAGAACAACUCUGUGAUGCAGGUGGGGCGGAACAUCACUAGGAUUAAGCAACUGGUCCGGAAAUUUCUGCAGACUCAGGAUGACAGGCCCUUCUUCCUCUACGUGGCCUUCCAUGACCCCCACCGCUGUGGCCACUCCCAGCCCCAGUAUGGAACCUUCUGUGAGAAGUUCGGGAAUGGGGAGACUGGCAUGGGGCGCAUUCCAGACUGGACACCCCAGAUCUACGACCCUCAGGAUGUGAAGGUGCCCUACUUUGUCCCAGACACACCAGCAGCCCGAGCUGACCUAGCCGCUCAAUACACCACCAUCGGGCGGAUGGACCAAGGGGUAGGACUGGUGCUCCAGGAGCUUCGAGGUGCCGGUGUGCUGAAUGAUACCCUCAUCAUCUUCACAUCCGACAAUGGGAUCCCCUUCCCCAGUGGCAGGACCAACCUGUACUGGCCUGGUACAGCCGAGCCUUUGUUGGUGUCAUCCCCAGAGCACCCAAAACGCUGGGGCCAGGUCAGCGACGCCUACGUGAGCCUUCUAGACCUCACCCCCACCAUCCUGGACUGGUUCUCCAUUCCGUACCCCAGCUAUGCCAUCUUUGGCUCAAAGAAGAUCCAGCUCACAGGCCAAUCCCUCCUGCCUGCGCUGGAGGCGGAGCCCCUUUGGGCCACUGUCUUCAGCAGCCAGAGCCACCACGAGGUCACCAUGUCCUACCCCAUGCGCUCCGUGUACCACCAGAACUUCCGCCUCAUCCACAACCUCGGCUUCAAGAUGCCGUUCCCCAUCGACCAAGAUUUCUACGUCUCCCCGACCUUCCAGGACCUCCUGAACCGCACUAGGGCAGGCCAGCCCACGGGCUGGUACAAGGAUCUCCGCCAUUACUACUACCGGGAACGCUGGGAACUCUAUGAUGUCAGCCAGGACCCCCAAGAGACUCGGAACCUGGCCGCCAACCCAGACUUCGCUCAAGUGCUGGAGAUGCUGAAGUCUCGGCUCGUCAAGUGGCAGUGGGACACACACGACCCCUGGGUGUGCGCCCCUGAUGGGGUCCUGGAGGAAAAGCUCACGCCUCAGUGCCGACCUCUUCACAAUGAGCUCUGACAGUCCCUGGGGCACUGGCCAGCCCACCUGGACAUGAAGAGAGGGAGCAAUGGAGCCAGUGCCAGCAGCCACACCCUCUACACCCAUCCGAGGAGGUCCCCUCUACCAGGGGAUGUCACUCCUGCUCCUGUAGAUGACACUCAAACACUCUCUAGUUGCUGCCAUACCAAGGACACUGCUGUCCUCAUGUCUGCCUGUCCUGGCUCAGGAGUUGUAGGGGAGCUUGGGCAUGGCAGAACUCCAAGCUUUGAUAGGUGAGUUUGGAGAUGAGCAGGUGGAGAAGCAGGGUCUGGGGCUUGAAGCCCUCUGGUUUCGGGAACCCGGGAUGUUUUCAAGCCCUUCACCCUAAGAGGAGGCCAGGCUUCUGGUUGCCACAUGGGCAACUGGCAGACCGCACUGACGACUUCAACCAACCUUGGCCUGGAGCGAGCGCUCAGUGGGCCUUGAGCUUGCUUCUGCCUCCAUGCCUACUCCCGGGAGGUACAAGCUUAGGCAGGUUUCAUGCUGGUUCUCCGAGGGGUGAGUUUGAUCCUGUGGUCUGUCUGGGCUCAGCUUGUCCUUUCUGAGGGUGACUAAGGAGGACAGGGUGUGACAGUUUCCCCCCUUUCCCCCCCGUCUCCUUUCAUUCUCUCUGAGAGACACCAAGCACCUGACCUGGUUCUAGCUUUUCCCUGCCUUCACUUGCCAAGGGACAGAGCACAGCCUAGAAAUCUAGAAAGAGAGGGACUGACCCCUCUGCCCCUCUAUCAACUCUGUCUUGGGAGGGAAUGAGUGUCAUGGGCCUUAGCAUCAGAAAACCUUUUUACAGCAGUAUAAUCGUUCACAGAACUUUAUAGUAGCACACUGGAUCUUAGGCACCGAGACACAAACACCCUCUCAAAAUGACUCCGUUUAUGGCUAGGUGGGGGCUUCACCCAAGUGUGGCAUGAUGCACCCAGAGAAGGACCAGGAAGUAAUGUCAGUUUGAGAGCGA